AUGUUUUUGGAGGAGCCAAUUUACCACCAAGCGGCUCUCGUGAGCGUCUCCGUGGCGGUUGCCAUCUCGUGCCUUGUGUUCUUUUCGCACUUGGCCUACGCGUACCACACAGACGUUCCGAACGGCAUUUGGCUGCUUCUGUCACAACUUCGCCGGUUCUUCUUCCCGCUGUCUUCUCCCUCUUCUUCGGUGUGCAGGCACUUGCCUCAAGUCCGGGAGUGCUCAGCGCCGCCCCGCCAGCCCCCUCUGUACGUCUGUCGCAUUGUCCUGCUGGUUCCCGUCUACGCUCUGACUUCCUAUCUUGGCUUGACCUACGCUACCCCACCGCCGUCAUCCGGCCGCCUUCUGGCGCCGAUCCUCGCGCAACCUUACCAAGGGACAGGCGGUCUUCCUCUCCGCUUCCCCGCCGCCCAGAGCGGCUCUGAGCUGCAGGACGAUGCCUCUCUGGAGGCGGCCUUCGUCCCCCUGGUGGCCCAUGCAGAUCCCCCGCCGAGUCGGCGGCUUUCAGCUGUCUCCAACCCUUCGCCUCCGUUGCUGUCCUGGUCCAGUGGAAGUUUAGCUGUCGCCACCCCGAGAAGGGAGUCCAGGCAGCGCCCGUACUCUUUCCCUUCUCUCGGCGAGGCUGCUUCCGCUGCGGCCGGCUUGGCCGAGGCCGACGCUGGACAGGCUGCAGCUGAAGGCCUAGGGGAACGUCUUGGGAUUGACUUCGAGGGAGUCGAAGAAGGGACUGGUGGCCUAUUGGGAUUCUCUCUCCACGCCGUCCGGGACGUGUACGAGGUGUAUGUACUCUACAGCUUCAUUGCGCUCGUGAUUUCCGUUCUAGGUGGAGAAGAAAGUGCCGUCGAACAGCUCCACCUCAAGGGCAGUUUGCAACACCCAUGGCCCUUCAAUUUGGUCUUGCCUCCCCUCGACUGCAACAGGAAGCUGCUGCGGCGCAUCAAGCUCGGGGCAGCGCAAUUCGUCUUUGUGAAACCGGUCGCAACUGUCGCCAUGUACGCGCUGGUUCUCUUCUACUUGGCCGUUCGCCAGCGCCUUCGCGCCUUUCGCCUUCUUCCCAAAUUUCUGUGUAUAAAGGCAGUUGUCUUCUUCUGUUUCUGGCAAGCGCUCGUUCUGCGCUGGCUCGUCGCGCUUCUUCUCUCCGACUUCGAGUCUGGCCCAAACAAGAAACUGACGUUUCUCCAGGGACUCGCGGCCAACGCAAAGGCUGCAGCCGUCGCGCUGCGGGUGUCGGAUUGGAUGCUCUGCAUCGAGAUGUUUCCCUUUGCGAUUGCGGAGGCAUGUGCUUUCUCCGUUCGGGACUUGCGGGCCGUCGCGGCCUCCUCGCCGAGUUUCAAUAGCCGCAUGAGCAGCCUGUCUUGUCACGCGGCGACUUCCUCUCCAGGCUCGGCCUUCUUCUCUCCUUCUCCGUCUCGCUCGCACGGGCGGCCAGCCUCGCCGGGGUCUCCGGGGCGAGGCGAGGCGACUGACGCGCUCGAAGAGCCGCGACAAGCGAAGGGCGAGACGCGUUUUUCAUUGUGGGAGAAGCUGCGGGGCGGAGCGAGGGACGGCUCGACCGGGGCGUUUUCGGAAGAAGACGACAGUGAGCGUCAGCUUCUCUGCACCGAGCCUAGUGGCCACGAGGGAGCGCAGCGAGGCAGACCGCGAGUCGAGGAAGAGAAGGGCGGGGCGGGCGAGUUUGGAUUCUCGGGAAGCGAAGAGUGCGGAGGUGAACGCGCCUGCUUCUUGGCGACACCGGAGCUCCCGGACGGCGACGCCUCAGACUCGCUCUUGCACUCGACGUCGCCGAAGAAACUCGAAAAGCCUCUCAGACAAUUCGUGAAAGGCGUGCGAGAUCUCCUCGUCGCCGACGACGUUCUCUGCGAUGCCACAGACGCGCUCUUUGGACGCAACAGGUGCCGGAGAGAAUACCUCCUGGAAGAAAGGAAGCGAGAGCGGGAAGGCUGCGACGAGGCAGAGGGCGAGGAAGACGAGAUGCGGACGAGAGAGACCCGGGACGCGAGGGUCUAG